GGCGGGGGUGGGGCGGUCCUCGUUGCCUCCCGUGCCAGACCGGGAGGGCGGGGGCUGCCCGACGAGCCCGAGCUGCAGCCGCAAACUUCCAGAGAACACCCCUACUACCCUAGGCCAGCAGUUCCCCGGGCCCUCGGCGGCGCAGAGCAUGGACGCGGUGCUGCUAGAGCACUUCCCCGGGGGCCUGGACGCCUUCCCGUCCUCUUACUUUGACGAGGAGGACUUCUUCACCGACCAGUCUUCUCGGGACCCUCUGGAGGACGGCGAUGAGCUACUGGCCGACGAGCAGGCCGAGGUGGAGUUCCUCAGCCACCAGCUGCACGAGUACUGCUACCGCGACGAGGCGUGCCUGCUGCUGCAGUCCGCGCCUCCGGCGGCCCCCCACGCACUCGCCCCGCCGCCCCCGGGGGGUUCUGGAGAGCCGGAGGACAGCGGCGGCGGCGGCUACUGCUGCGAGGCGGGGGCGCCCCCCUGCGGCUUCCCUUACUCGCCCGGCUCUCCGCCCUCGUGCCUGGCCUACCGAUGCGCCGGGGCGGCCGCGCUGUCCCCGAGGGCGCGGCUGCGUGGCUUGAGCGGGGCGGCGGCUGCGCGGCGGCGGCGGCGGGUGCGUUCCGAGGCGGAGCUGCAGCAGCUGCGGCAGGCUGCCAACGUGCGCGAGCGGCGGCGCAUGCAGUCCAUCAACGACGCCUUCGAGGGGCUGCGCUCGCACAUCCCCACGCUGCCCUACGAAAAGCGCCUCUCCAAGGUGGACACGCUGCGCCUGGCCAUCGGCUACAUCAACUUCCUCAGCGAGCUGGUGCAGGCCGACCUGCCCCUGCGCGGCGGCGGCGCGGGCGGCGGCAGGGGGCCCGGCGGAGGGCGCCUGGGCGCGGACAGCCCGAGCAGCCAGGCCCAGAAGGUCAUCAUCUGCCACCGGGGUACUCGGUCCCCCUCCCCCAGCGACCCGGAUUAUGGCCUCCCUCCCCUUGCAGGACACUCUCUCUCUUGGACUGAUGAAAAACAACUCAAAGAACAAAAUAUUAUCCGAACAGCCAAAGUGUGGACCCCAGAGGACCCCAGAAAACUCAACAGCAAGCCUUCCUUCAACAACAUAGAAAACGAACCGCCCUUUGAGUUUGUGUCCUGAGAAGAGUCAGACCUGCCUGAGGACGUGAUUCCGUCUGUGUGCAUAUUGUACAUGUAAAUAUCUAUAAUGUAAAUGUAACUUAAGAAUCACAUUUUUCUAAUGGCAAUCAACUGUUUGUUAUUUAUCUAUUUAUUAUCCUGUCGAGUUAAUGAAAUAGAUGAUCUCUUUUUAAAUAUAUAAUUUAUAUAAUUUAUCCUGAUUUUCUUAAAAUAUGCAAUAGUCUAUGAUCUUCCCCAGCACCUUUGGCAGAACUCUGCAUUAUUGGAAGAACUCUGACCGGAAAACGUCAUGCUAAUUUAUUGACAGAUACGGUUUAUUUCUAAGCAAUGUUAAUAAAUGCUAUUCAUACCGUUUUCU